AUGAAUUGCGUCGAAUAAAAGCUACUUGUGUGAUAAAAUCAUAUAUUUUUGCUAGUCAAAUUUGUUUCCUUUAAAUAUAUAAUGUGUCAAAGCUAUGUAAGAAAAUACUUCUUCUUUGACUAGAAACGUAAGCUAAGGAAAUAGAGAACCGAAAGAUUACGUUCUUAUUCAUCUUUGACCGUAAACGUUUCCUAUUUACCUAUGUUUGUUUGAUGUAUAUAUAUAUAUUAAAAAAUGUGAUCAGAGAUGAGUAAAAAGAAAAGAAAAAGAAAAAUGGCUAUCACCAAAAAGAAUUUAAUCGCAUUUGUUCUCACCAUUCUGGUUGUUAUAUCUUCUAUUCAUUGUCGUACAACAUCGGAUAUUGUUUCUGGUUUUGGGAUAAAAGAAUCCGAUCACGUAUGCUUCAAUGUAACUCCAUGUUUGCCUGAGCAGGGAGGGGAUAAAGGAUGCAAUGCAUUUUGCUCGAGAAUGAAGUUUAAAAUAGGUCAUUGUCUUCAUUCCGGAAAGGAUACCGGAAUAUGUUGUUGUUAUUCUACAUAAAUAAAAUAAUAAUAAAUAAAAAUAUAUAUGUUUUUCCUGAU